AUGCACACUAGAAUCGUGUUACAUCAAACUUUGGUAACUGCAAUUGUGAUCGCACAGUUGCGUUUGGGUGUCAUUGAAAGUGAUCAGACGCUCGUCCAGCUGUGCAAAAUCGCUAUUGACCACGCAACGGCUGCUGGAAACUGCAAACACGAAGUGAGAGUGUUUAAUGCAACAGGAUGCAUUGACAGUAAUGGCGUUUCGAAUGCUGCCUCACUCUACUACAAGGACAACGUACAGGUUAGCAAGUGUCUACCACCUCCAAAAAAUGAUAACUUGAUGGUAUCUGACCCAACUACUAAACCUGACAAUGAAUACCUGGUUCAGGGAUUCAUAGGACCGAAUUGCAAUGAUGAGUUGCUUGGAAUCAGUCAACUGGCACAUUUCUGGAACAUACCGGUAUUUGCAAGAACCUCGAUUGAUCCCCUUGUCAGCAAUUCAGUCAUUUGUCCAACUGUUGUGCAAUACGCAAUGGCUUCAGCUGCUGGUCUUUCGUAUGCGCUUAAGGAGUUUGCCGAUUACAUGAAUUUAACGGAGAUAAUAUUAGUUAGUCCCAAACGAACAAAUGUUGAUGAAUAUCCGAUUGCUCGAGGUAUUUAUUCGUUUCUCAAAUCUACCGAUCUGCUGAAAGUCAAAAAAUGCUUAGUAAUUGACGAAGAUAACCGGGUUGACAUGACAACAACUGAGCAGUCCAUUCGAACUUCUUCUCGUUGUAUUUCCUUUAAACUAUCAUUUUCUAUUUUUUUUAAAUGA